AACCCCCUAGUCAAGGAAAACACAGAUUUCUAAAUAAAAACAGAAAGGGCUUCCCAAGUCUAAUAUUUCUAUUCACUGCACACCUUCUUCUACAAUUCAAUAAAUGAAUUGAAGUUUGAAUUACAAUAAAAAAUCAGAUCGAAAUCUGAAAAUCUUCAUCUCAGACAGAGGAGAUUUAUAAAAAUGGCUAAGCUAAGCUGCGAUUUCCGGUACCUUCUCAUCCCCGCUGCAUUCGUAUUCAUAUACAUCCAGAUGCGGCUUUUCACCACGCAAUCUGAAUAUGCAGAUCGAAUGGCAGAAGCGGUCGAUGCAGAGCACCAUUGUACGAGUCAAAUGCGACUACUAAUUGAUCAAAUUAGUAUGCAACAAGAGCAAAUCGUGGCCCUGGAAGAGGGGAAGAAGCGAAAGGAUCAGGAGUGCGCACAAUUGAAGACUCUUGUUAAUGAUCUUGAAAAGAAAGCUCUUCAAAGAGUAAUUGACAAAACACAGGUACCUGUGGCAGCUGUAGUAAUCAUGGCGUGCAAUCGUGCUGAUUAUCUGGAAAGGACAGUUGCGUCUGUCUUAAAGUAUCAGAGCUCUGUUGCUUCGAAGUAUCCACUUUUUGUAUCUCAGGAUGGAUCAGAUCCAAGGGUUAAAACUAAGGCUUUGAGUUAUAAGGAGCUAACUUAUAUGCAGCACAUAGAUUAUGAUCCGGUGCAUACAGACCGGCCUGGGGAAUUGAUCGCAUACUACAAGAUUGCCCGUCACUACAAAUGGGCAUUGGAUGAGCUGUUCUACAAGCACAAUUUUGACCGAGUAAUCAUACUUGAAGAUGAUAUGGAAAUUGCCCCUGAUUUUUUUGAUUACUUUGAGGCAGCUGCUGCACUUCUCGACAAGGACAAGUCAAUUAUGGCUGUUUCCUCAUGGAAUGACAAUGGGCAAAAGCAGUUUGUGUAUGACCCAUAUGCACUUUAUCGCUCAGAUUUCUUUCCUGGUCUUGGCUGGAUGCUUACUAGAUCUGUAUGGAAUGAGCUAUCACCAAAAUGGCCAAAAGCUUACUGGGAUGACUGGUUGAGAUUAAAACAGAAUCACAAAGGUCGACAAUUCCUUCGUCCUGAAGUGUGCAGAACAUAUAAUUUCGGCGAGCAUGGUUCAAGCAUGGGGCAGUUUUUCGAAAAAUACCUUGCACCUAUUAAGAUGAAUGACGUCAAGGUGGACUGGAAGUCACAGGAUUUGAGCUACCUAACUGAGGACAAAUAUGCACAAUACUUUGCAGACAUUUUGAAAAUGGCAAAACCUAUCCCUGGAACAGAUCCUGCUCUUAUGGCAUCUAAUAUAGAAGGAGAUAUACGUAUUCAGUAUAGGGACCAAUCAGACUUUGAAUACAUUGCACAGCAAUUUGGAGUUUUUGAAGAAUGGAAGGACGGUGUACCAAGGACAGCGUAUAAAGGAGUAGUGGUUUUCAGAUACCACCCACCAAGACGUGUAUUUCUGGUUGGUCCUGACUCUCUACAGCAGCUUGGGAUUGAAAAUGCUUGAACUGAAAAGUGAUCCUGAUGAAGUAUUUCCAAAUGUUGGAUGGCAAAGAGGUUCCUGCCGACUAAAUAUUAAACAGUCCAAAGUUUCUCCCGUAGGGAAAUUGAUGUGAAUACAUUCGCACUUGCGCAAGCAUUCAAGAUUCUUACAUAUGGUAGGCGCAAAAAAGGGCCUUUGGUUUUUUGUAGGUUAAAUGUUUUGAUACGAUGAUUUUAUCUUAUAUUCAUCCAGGUAGAAGUAUGAUAAUAUCCCAAAAGGUUAUUUUCUGGUGAAACCUUUAAUUUGAAUAAAAGGAACAUUAAGAAUGAAUCAUAUUAUUUA